GGUUUAAGAUUCAAACAAAGUCAUCAGAUUCCACCAUAACCAGACACGUACAUUUAACAACACAACGCCAACUACCCACGCACCGCCGCCCCCUUUGAUAAAUGUACUACUCUAUUUGCCUAGCACUCUUCUUGGAAAGUCCGAAAAACAAAAACAUAUCCAAAGCACAUCUUCUAUAUAGUUAAAACCCAUUAUUAUUAGAUUACCAGAGCCUUGGUUUUAUCUCAGGCUUUGGAGUUCAAACAUGGCGUGUUCAUGGAAGUUCUUGUUUUUAUCCUUUGUUCUUUUUGUUGCUGUGGUUGUUCCUAAAGUCAAAGGUGAUGUUGGGGCUUCGUUGGAUGAUGAAGUUGAAGUGGUUAGAUCAGAUGUUCACCCCACUUCUCAAGAAUUAGAACAUCUUAAGUCCAAGAUCCAAUCUUUAGAAUCAAACAUUGAGGAGACUGUGCGAGCAGUGAAAGGAAAAGAUGAGGUGAUCGCUGACAAAGAGAAAAUAAUAAAAGAAAAAUCGGAGAAGGUUAAGUCAUUGUCAUCUGAGUUGGCCUCUCUACAGAAAAAGGGAACACUAGAUGCUGAGGAGCAAGUUGGAAAGGCUCGGGCACGAGCUGAUCAGCUUGAACAGCAGCUUGAGACACUAAAAGCGGAAGUUGAAAUGAAGAAUAAGGAGAAAAGAGACUUCGAAGCUCAUAAAGGUGACACCGAGAAAAGAGUAUCUGAGUUAAAUUUGAAGGUUGGCAAGCUCCAAAAGACCAUUGAUGAUCAGAAGGAGAAACUGAAAAAAACUGAACGAGCUCUUCAACUUGCUGAGGAGGAAAUGAUUAGAGCAAGGUUUGAAGCCACAUCGAAGAUGAAGGAGCUCAUGGAGGUGCAUGGGGCAUGGCUUCCACGUUGGCUAGCAGAUCAUUUGAAUCACUACAAGUCUCUUUUGGAGAGGCAUUGGCAGGAGCACGGAAAACCUCCUAUGGACAUAAUGAUACAGAAGGCAGUUGAGAAGAAGGCCCAAGCUGAGGUAUGGGCUGCGCCACAUGUAGAAACAGUCAAAACAAAAUGGAUGCCAGCUGCGAAGGAACAGUGGGUGGUGAUGACCACUAACCUCAAGCCACAUGUGGAAUUGGUAAAGACCAAAGGAUUAGAGAUUUAUGAGACAUCUAAAGGCGCCAUAACUCCACAUAUUGUCAAGGUUCAGGAAUUAGCAGAACCUCACGUUCAGGAACUUAAGAAAAUCAGCAAGCCAUACAUUGAUCAGGUUGCCACUGCUACAAAACCUCAUGUUGAAAAAGUUCGUAUUGCUGUAAAGCCAUAUACAGAUGUGGCAGUUCAUCAUUAUGGGAAGUUCCUUGAGUCUGCAACAGUUUACCACCGUCAGCUGCAAGGCACAGUCGAUGAAACACUGAAGAGACAUGAGCUUACAAGACCUCUUGCAACAAAGGAGUUCAUCUGGUUUGCUGCCUCAGCGGUGUUGGCUCUACCUGUUAUAAUUCUGUUCAAACUUUUGUCUGCCAUUUUCUGUACAAAGGCGAAGAAUCCUACUCGAAAUGGUAAAUCCCACCAUUCACGUCGCAAGUCCAAGAGGGCACACACAGACAAGUAGGGCGAGGUAGAAAAUGCUUUCAUCAGAAAUCAAGCGCCUUUCAGUUUGCAGAUCGAUUGUGUCAUUUUUGCACGGGGCUUUUGAAGUAUCGACCAGUCUGCAGAUUCUUUUGUUUUCCAAGUUCUGCAUAGGUUUUCCAUAUGUGCAUAAAGCAUGAAUGGGGAGGAUAGUGGGUGUGAGAUUUAUUUUUGUAAUAUCGUUUCUUUGCUUUGGAUAGUGUUAAAUGUUGGUGUUUUAUUAUCUUCCCACCACGCUGUUAGGUUACAAUCUUGUGACACUAUAUUUACUUGGUUGUAAUAUUUAUCAAAGUUGUCUUAGUUGUAUUAAGAUCUUUAUAUUCAUAUUUGAUCAUAUUUGUAACGAUAGGGAAAAAACUAUUUGACAAGUCAAACGGAGGAUAAAUAUAAACAAUUUACCGGGGUAAA